AUGCCUCGCUUGUCGGCCCGUGGGAAGAAGAUACGUGAGCUGUACCGAAUCCUAGAGAGGCGGGGAGUUGCAGCAGUUAGCCGAGAACUCCUGAGUGACCCUGACUCUUCAGCAGACGAGCUAGAUGCGCAUUGGCAGUCGGAGUAUGAUCUCUUGCUGUCAUCGCGUUACGUUGAUCGGCCCAACAAGUAUCGUCGGCGUAGUGAUCGAUGGCGUAAGUUGCUCUAUGACCACGAUUACAUGAACGCCACGGAGUUUCACGACCAUUUUCGACUUGACCGAGACGUUUUCUUUCGCCUAGUGGCACUAGUGAAGCAUGAUUCUGCGUUCUGUUCGAAGGGGAGCAAGCCUUUUCGUGGUGGACCGGAGCUUCACAUGCUAACGCUACUUAAGUUUCUCGGGACAUACGGAAAUGACAACACAGCCGUCAAAUUGGGCCUCUUCCUUGGAAUCGCGAGUGGGUCUGUCCACAACUACUUUUUCCGGGCUACGAAUGUCGUCUUAAAGCUUGAACCCGUCACUAUGGCAUGGCCAAACGAAGAGGAGCGGGUUAUGAUAUCGCUACGGAUGCAGCAGAAAUACGGUUUUGUAAACUGCGUUGGAAUAACGGAUGGGACGCUAUUCCCGCUUGCAGCAAAGCCGCAACAUCAAGGAGAAGAUUAUUUUAGCAGAAAAGCCUCGUAUUCAGUCCACGGCUUGGUGACAUGCGAUGAUGUUGGAAGAGUUCGAAGUCUCGUUGUUGGAUGGCCCGGGUCCACCCACGACAACCGUGCUUGGAUGAACAGCCCCUUGAUCCUUAAGCGUGCGGACCACUUCAAACACAAUGAAUAUGUGCUGGGGGAUUCUGCAUUCCAAGCAUCAUCCGUAAUGAUCCCUGCAUUCAAAAAUCCACCUAAGGCACAGAUGAAUCCUCGUCAUACGUACUUCAACAAGCAGCUUGCGAAGGCUCGAAUAAAAAGCGAGCACUGCAUUGGACUGUUAAAGAUGCGAUUCCCAUACUUGCGUGAAAUUCGAGUAAAACUGGGCAAAAAGCGCAAACACAUACGACGGUUAAUUCGCCACGUGACUUUUGAACGAGCCCAUCCCGGAAGGUGA